UUCCAUUCAUCCUUGACGCUUUGACACCCGGACGUCAGACCUGCAAUCAGCUCUCUACCGUACUAGCAACAUCGUUCCUCAAACAACAUUUAGUUAUCGUUUUAAAUUUAUUUGUCGUUCCAAAUUAUCCGUCAAGUUUUAUCAAAAUUUUGUUCGAUCCCCGGAAAAGAAAUCAGAAUCCAAUUUGCAAGCGGAUCCGAAUAUUCGUGAUGGAUAGGGUGAAUACCUGAAUAGUGAUGACGCGAAAUAAAGACAAAAGGAAUCGAACAAUGAGAUGAAAGUGUUUAUAAAUGGUGACAAAUGUGAAAAUUGGAGAGAGCAAUUAUGACGAAUGGAACUUUAAUAGAUGAUUCGAGAGACGAGGAACUUGCAAAAUGGGAAAUUGGGAUUUUGGCUUGCACCUUGGUUAUCAUCUUGAUUGGAAAUUCACUCGUGUUGUUUGCUAUUUAUCUCAAACGGUACUACAGCAACCGAAAAAAAUUGACAAGGAUGCAUUUUUUUAUUAUGCAUUUGAGUGUGGCUGAUAUACUUACUGGUGUUCUCAAUGUUUUGCCACAAAUGGUUUGGAAAAUCACAUUCAGAUUUCAGGGAGGACCGAUCCUCUGCAAAUUCAUCAAGUUCGACCAACCUAUCGGUCCUUACUUAAGCUCCUACAUCCUGACGUCAACUGCGAUGGACAGAUAUCAUGCAAUCUGUUUUCCCUUCAGUUAUUGUCGGACUACAUCAAAAAGAUCAAGGAUUAUGGUCUACUGUUCUUGGAUAAUUGCUCUCACACUCUGCACUCCACAAGUUUUCGUGUUUUCAUAUCAAGAAAUUGCCCCCGGAGUUUGGGAUUGCUGGGCCACCUUUAGCAUAUAUGGGCAAAAAGCUUAUGUUACAUGGUAUAGCAUAUCCGUAUUCCUGCUUCCUUUCACAGUAUUGGUCUACACAUACACUGGAAUUUGCAUAGGGGUUUGGAAAAAUAGUGGAGUAUCAGAUCCAUUAGAAACUCGAUAUGCCAAAAAUCAAAGCUCUCAGAAAAAAGAAAAACAUCCAAUAAUUAAUCAAGCAAAAAUCAACACUAUGAAACAAACCAUAGUUGUUGUCACUCUUUAUGUUCUGACAUGGAGCCCUUUUAUUAUUUGUGAGCUCUGGAUGGCUUGGGAUUCAAGAGCUGCCAAUUCGUCAAUUUUUGAUGGUCCAGUAUUUACUGUACUUUCACUACUAAGCUGUCUCACGAGUUGUGCAAAUCCAUGGAUAUACAUAGCAUUUAAUUCUGAACUGCGGAUCAUCUUAAUGAAUUUUGUACGGAGAAUAACGAAGCAUAAAUAUUCACCAGGCUCAGAAGAGGCUUCGAGAAAUGGAAAUUCAAAUGACCCAUCGACAACAUCAUCAAUGAUCUCCAAAGUAACCAUACAUCCUAAUACAGUGGUGAGAAAAAACUCUGAAAUAAAAGAAAGAAAUAUUUAGAAAUGAUACCGAAAAAAACAUUGUUUUCAAAAAGAGUAUAACGAAGAGAGUAUAAUAACUAUUGUGGUGUAAAAAUAAAUAUUACGUAUAUUA